CAGAUUAAUGAUGCCAACCAUACCAAAACCAAAAAUUUAGGGGGCUUUAGAAAGUAUUCUCUUUGUCAGUCCACUACGCUUCUCUCUCUCUCUCUCUCUCUCUCUCUCUCUCUCUUCUUUCUGUCUGUUCCCUUUCUCUUUCUCUCUCUCUCCAUCUGAUUUUGGUUGAUCCUAUUUCUAAUAAGAAAAAUUUCUCAAUUUUCCUUCCAAAAAAAUUCUGUCAUCAUUUUCACCUCAAUUCCUUCUACUGUCACUUCCUUCUAUACACAUUCACUUCUUUCUCUCUCUAAAUUAUCUAAUUUCUCUUCAUCACAUUCCAUCAAUAUGUUAUAGCGAUUGCUUUCUAGCUUUUCUUAAUCUUCCUCAAUUUUGGCUGGAGAGAUUAUAUACAUACAUAUAUAUUUUUUAAUUUCCAGUGCGCAUUUUGCCUGAUUUCUUCGAUUACGUGACCAGCUUUUCUUCUAUCAGUUUUCGCUAUUUGUGAAUGUUGGAGGGAUAUUCGGUGAAUUUUGAGGCUCUUUGAGUUCUCGGUUUGUUGAGUUGGAGAAUAUUGGGAUCUGCUGCGAUUUUGACGUCAAUUGUCAUCUUUUCCGUGCUAUUAUCAACCAACGGUUUGGAUCCGAUCGGGGGAGAAACAGCGCCAUCAGAUGGCGCUGUUCAGACGCUUUUUUUACCGGAAGCCGCCGGAUCGGCUUCUUGAGAUCUCUGAGAGAGUUUAUGUGUUUGAUUGUUGCUUCUCCACUGAUGUGUUGGAAGAAGACGAGUACAAAGUGUACUUGGGUGGCAUUGUGGCACAAUUGCAGGACCAUUUUCCUGAUGCUUCCUUCAUGGUGUUUAACUUUAGAGAAGGGGAGAGGCGUAGCCAAAUAUCAGACAUAUUAUCUCAGUACGACAUGACAGUCAUGGAUUAUCCUCGUCAAUAUGAAGGAUGUCCUAUGCUUCCACUGGAGAUGAUCCACCACUUCCUUCGAUCUAGUGAAAGUUGGCUGUCCUUAGAGGGGCAGCAAAAUGUGUUGUUAAUGCAUUGUGAAAGAGGGGGAUGGCCUGUGCUUGCGUUCAUGCUUGCAGGUCUUUUGUUAUAUCGGAAACAGUAUAAUGGGGAGCAGAAGACUCUUGAAAUGAUCUACAAGCAAGCUCCUAAAGAACUUCUGCACCUUUUGUCUCUGUUAAAUCCACAACCUUCCCAAUUAAGAUACCUUCAGUACAUUUCUAGAAGAAAUUUUGGUGCUGAUUGGCCUCCAUCUGAUACGCCCUUGGUGUUAGAUUGCCUGAUGCUCAGGGCCCUUCCAUUGUUCGAGGGGGGCAAGGGCUGCAGGCCAGUUGUACGAGUUUAUGGUCAGGAUCAUUCAAAGCCAGCCAACAGGAAUUCUAAGCUUCUAUUCUCAACUUCAAAGACAAAAAAACAUGUUCGACACUACCUACAGGAAGAAUGUAUGCUAGUGAAAAUAGAUGUCCGAUGCCAUGUUCAAGGGGAUGUUGUUCUUGAAUGCAUCCAUUUGGAUGAAGAUUUUGUUCGUGAGGAGAUGAUUUUUAGAGUUAUGUUUCAUACAGCAUUUGUUAGGGCAAACAUUUUGAUGCUCUGUCGUGAUGACAUUGACACUAUGUGGGAUGCCAAGGACCAAUUUCCAAAGGACUUUAAGGCAGAGGUACUUUUUGUGGAUGGUCACGCUGCUAUCGUGCCUAAUCUCACCUCAGAUAUAAUAAAUGAAGAUGGGAAUGAGGCAGAAAGUGCUUCGCCUGAGGAAUUUUUUGAGGCUGAAGAGAUAUUCAGCAAUGCGAUAGACGCACAAGAAGCAAAAGGGGAUUAUGACACUCACACAGACAAUGACAACUUGUCAGUUGACGUAGAACAUAAAGAAGUCUUCAGGGAUACAUUGGAUGGUGGGAAUCACAAAGAUGAUGGGAAGAUGGAUUUUGUUGUUGAUGCAGUGAAGGACAUAGCUGUGGAUGAUGUGAAAUACAAGAUGGAUGAGAGGGUAGAUUCUGAUCUUCAAGCAGUGAAAGACAUAGCUGUUGAUGAUGGGGAUCUCAAGUUAGAUUCCAUGGUUGCUGUUGAUGCAUCGAGAAACAAAGCAGUAAAGGAAGUGGAUGAAGAUCUGAGUGGAGAUUUCAAAGAGAUGAAAGAUCAAGCUAAUGGAGAAACAAAUACUACAAAGAUUUUAGAAUCCAUGCUUCCACAGCAAAAGUUGAAUGUUGAUGUUGGUAGACAAAAACCUGAGAAGGUAGUGCCACCUUCACCUAGGAGCACGAAGCCUGUUGUUGCAGAUUCAACCGUAGUGAAACAAAAAAUCAAACAACCUGAGCUACAUGGAACUAAUGGGAAACAAGCAAGGCCAAAUACUGUACCUCGCUGGGUACCCCCUAAUAAAGCUCCAUUUACAAUGCAUGUAGCAAAUCCUCCAUCCAGAUACAAUAGUGCACCACCUGCUCUUGCGUUCUGUGCUUCCCCUAAGUAUUCUAAUGUGGAUGCCCAUGUAAAGACUUCUUCUGAUACUGCUGCUGCUGGAGAUCUAGCUUCAAAUGAGCUUACUCCCCCUCCAGUUGUAUCACCACAUUUUGGCCCAGCAAAAGUUGUGCCUCCUUGUCCCCCAACUUUACCUCCACCUCCAAUUUAUUCUAGCAAUGCAUGUCCACCGAAGACUGCAGUUAAAGUGCCUGCUCCACCUCCACCUCCACCUCCACCUCCACCUCCGCCUCAGCCUCCACCUCCACCUCCACCUCCACCUCCACCUUCCGCGUCAUAUAGUAGGCAGAAUAUAGGGAUAGUUUCACACCAUGCAUUCCAUCCACCCCCUCCCCCUCCUCCUCCCCCUCCAUCUAAUAGGCAGGAUGUUGGGAUAAUGUUACGUCCUGCACCCACUCCACCCCCUUGGAAGUCUGGUCAUAGUUCAAGUGUCCCUGCUUCAAAUGUUCCACUACCACCACCACCACCACCACCUCCUCCUCCUCCUCCCCCUCAUUCUGUUACAGUUUCAACAAUUCCAAAGGUUGGUGGAGUUGGAAUUCCUACACCACCAACUCCACCUCCACCUUUGGGGGGUACUACACCUCCUCCUCCUCCACCACCACCACCACCACCACCACCAUCACCCCCCCAUCCUACCGUUCAAGCAUAUGCAUCUUCUCCUCCUCCUCCUCAUAGAGUUCCACCUCCACCACCGCCAUUACCAAGAUGUGGAGCUCCAGCUGCACCACCCCCACCCCCUCCUCCUUCACAUGGAGCUCCACCUCCACCACCACCUCCUCCUCCUCCUCCUCCUCCGUCACGUGGAGCUCUACCGUCCCCACCACCUCCUCCUUUACAUGGAGCUCCACCCCUGCCACCUCCUUCAUGUGGAGCUCCACCACCCCCACCACCACCUCCUUUACGUGGAGCUCCACCGCCACCUCCACCUCCACCACCUCCUCCCUUGCGUGGAGCCCCACCUCCCCCUCCACCUCCAGGGCGUGGAGCCCCGCCGCCACCAGCUCCUCCAGGAAGUGGAGCACCACCGCCGCCACCUCCUCCAGGACGUGGAGCUCCUCCUCCACCACCACCACCCAUAGGGGGAGGCCCACCUCCCCCACCUCCUCCUGGUGGCCGUGUUCCUGGGCCUCCUGCACCUCCUGGGCCUCCUGCUCCUCCUGGACGUACAGGUGUUGGACCCCCUCCGCCUCCUCCAUUAGGUGGCAAAGGAGCUGUAACUGAUACAAGAGGCCUAGCUUCUGGAAGAGGGCGUGGGUUUUCACGUUCUUUAGGGAUGGGUUCAACAGCCACAGCACCUAGAAGAUCAUCCUUAAAGCCUCUGCAUUGGAGCAAAGUAACAAGGGCAUUACAAGGAAGUUUGUGGGAGGAGUUGCAAAGACAUGGGGAGCCCCAAAUUGCACCAGAAUUUGAUGUGUCAGAGCUAGAGAGCCUUUUCUCUGCAGCAGUCCCCAAGCCUGCUGAUUCAGGAGGCAAAGGUGGAGGAAGACGCAAAUCUGUUGGAUCAAAAACUGACAAAGUUCAUCUGAUUGACCUGAGGAGGGCCAACAACACUGAAAUUAUGCUUACAAAAGUUAAGAUGCCACUGUCUGACAUGAUGGCUGCAGUUCUAGCAAUGGAUGAAUCAACAUUAGAUGCUGAUCAAGUGGAAAAUCUUAUCAAAUUCUGCCCUACUAAGGAGGAAAUGGAACUUCUCAAGGGCUAUAAUGGUGACAAGGAGAAUCUGGGGAAGUGUGAACAGUAUUUUCUGGAGCUGAUGAAAGUGCCUCGUGUUGAGUCGAAAUUAAGAGUAUUUUCUUUCAAGAUUCAGUUCAGCUCUCAGAUAACAGAAUUUAAAAAGAGCUUAAACACAGUAAACUCUGCUUGUGAUGAGGUUCGGAAUUCCCUCAAGCUGAAGGAAAUUAUGAAGAAGAUUCUUUAUUUAGGGAAUACAUUGAACCAAGGAACUGCAAGAGGUUCGGCAAUUGGGUUCAAGCUGGACAGUCUUUUAAAACUUACUGACACACGUGCUUCUAAUAGCAAGAUGACACUUAUGCAUUACCUUUGCAAGGUACUUGCAGCCAAGUCACCAGCACUUCUUGAUUUUCACCUGGACCUUGUUAGCCUUGAAGCUGCAUCAAAGAUACAAUUGAAGUCUUUAGCAGAAGAAAUGCAAGCUAUAAUUAAAGGGCUAGAAAAAGUAAAACAGGAGCUGGCGGCAUCAGAGUAUGAUGGUCCUGUAUCCGAAGUUUUCUGUAAGACAUUGAAAGAAUUCAUUUCUGUUGCUGAGACAGAGGUGGCAUCUGUGACAAAUCUAUAUUCUGUUGUGGGUAGAAAUGCAGAUGCACUUGCACUAUAUUUUGGCGAGGAUCCAGCUCGUUGCCCAUUUGAACAAGUUACAGCAACUCUACUAAAUUUUGUGAGGUUGUUCCGGAAAGCACAUGAAGAAAAUUUGAAACAGGCUGAAUUGGAAAAGAAGAAAGCUGAGAAGGAGGCUGAAAUGGAGAAAGCAAAGGGAUUACAUCUUACAAAAAGGAGUGUGAAAUAGCUCAGAAUUGAUAUGUUGCUUCAUCUACAUGGCAGUUUGAGCUCCCCACCACACAGCAGUCUUGUGCCGCAUUUUUUUAGUCAGCGUUGGCAAAAGAUGCUGCUGAGGACCUCAGCUCCAACAUUCUCCUUUAUAGCGUGGAGUAAGCCUCACAAGUUGAUGUGGGCAAAGGUAAAAAGACUAUUCCUUGAGGCUUGUGGAGCUCAAAGCAUUGAAAAGGCUCAUUCAAUCAGAUGAUGAUCCAUGACUGAUGAGUUGGAACACGUUAGAUAUUUACACGGAUCAUAUUUUUGCCAAAUAGAAUGGUUAAAUAUGUUGGCGUAGCAAAUGUUCACUGCACGAUUUAUUUAGAUGAUGGAUAUGGCCUCUGUGGUAUUGUGUUGAGAAGAAAUUUUGUAGUCUUGGUCAAUCCUUCACUACGACAGCUGACAGGUGAUUUGGUUUCUGGUUUUAGUCAUUUGAUUUGGCAGAAUUUCUUCAACACCAGAAGAGAGCAGAUGUCAGUAAAUGUAAAGCACAAAGCUUCUCUGUACCAUGAGACCAUGUACAAAGCUCUAACCCCUCCCUAACGUUAGAUUCAAUUCUUUUAUUGUAACAUAUAGGGCUGUUUUUAUUUUUUAAUCCCUUUUUAGUUAUGUUCCUAAUUGAAAUUUUGACCUAACCCGUCCCGAAAUAUGUUGUAUAGAUGUUCAGGUUCAGAUAGAGCAAUUAAAAGACGGGUUGCUUUUAGUGUAAUUGUAUCAUAACAUGGAAAUAUAGGUUUCAGAUUGGAAAAUUUCUUGUUUCUUCA